AUGAAGGUCGUGGCAGACGCCAUUCGGGAGGGAGCAGAAGGUUUUCUAUCCACUCAGUACGGGACCGUAGGUAGGUGGUCGCUGGUGGUUGCAGGAGCUCUUUUCUUCAUCUACCUCAUCCGGCCUGUCGGGGAGGGCGCGCACGUCAGCAGCUUCAGCCUUGCGCUGCUCACCGUCCUCGGGUUCCUCCUUGGGGCUGCCUGCUCGGGCCUUGCUGGGUGGGUCGGGGUCUGGAUCUCGGUUCGGUGCAACCUGCGGGUGGCAGGAGCGGCGGCGAACAACCAGGCGGGGCUCGCGCUGAAGCUUGCCUUCUGCGGAGGAGCCGUCUCUUCCAUCAUCUCUGCCGCCAUGUGCAUCCUUGGGAUCUCGCUGCUCUACUCUCUCCUGUACGCGAGCUUCGUGCUGGGUGGAGGUAUGAAGGUUCACGUAAUCCCCCUCCUGCUCGUCGGGUACGGCUUCGGCGCCUCCUUCGUCGCGCUGUUCAUGCAGCUGGGGGGAGGCAUCUACACGAAGGCUGCGGAUGUAGGGGCCGAUAUGUGCGGCAAGAUCGAGAGCAAUAUUCCCGAGGACGAUCAUCGGAACCCUGCAGUCAUCGCGGACCUCGUGGGCGACAACGUGGGCGACUGCGCGGGGAGCAUGGCGGACGUGUUCGAGUCCAUCGCAGCAGAGAUCAUAGGGACCAUGAUUCAUGCGGGAGUGAUCAUGAAGCAUGUCGGAGCUGCUGAUAUGGAGGGCUACAUGUUCUUCCCCUUGGUCGUGCAUGCCUUUGACCUGAUCGUCUCCACCAUCGGCAUUGUCAUUGUCAGGACAGCAGAGGAGAGAGAAUGUCAACAACUUUUCGCUGCUGCGCCUUCCCCUCACGCUAUCUCAGGUGACCAGCCGCUACAAGUCAUGCGACGAGCAUACGUCGUGAGUGCAGCGCUUGCCCUCGGCAGCUAUUUCUUCAUCACCUGGAGCAUGUUGUCGACAAGUGCAGCCCCCUGGGCAUGGUGGAAGUUCUUUCUUUGUGGUCUGCUGGGGAUUUUCUCAGCCUACGCGCUUAUCUUUAUCACCCAAUACUACACGGACUAUGAAAACCCUCCCGUGAAGGGCAUCGCCAGGGCGAGCACGACGGGACAUGGCACCAACAUCAUCGCCGGUCUUGCGGUCGGCUACGAGAGCACAGCAGGACCAGCCGUCGUCAUCGCCCUCACCCUCCUCCUCUCCUUCCACCUCGGCGAGUCCUCGGGCCUCGGCUCCGGCUCCGGUCUCUUCGGCACCGCAGCCGCGACCAUGGGCAUGCUCGGCACUGCCGUCUUCAUCCUUGCCAUGAACAACUUUGGGCCCAUCGCCGACAAUGCGGGAGGAAUCGUCGAGAUGUCCGAGCAGCCUGAGAACGUCAGGAUGGUGACUGACAAGCUUGACGCGGUCGGCAAUGUCACUAAAGCUGCCACUAAAGGGUAUGCAGUGGGAGGUUCAGCCCUUGCAACUUUCAUCCUCUUCCGCGCGUACCUGGAUGAGGUGUCUGAAUUUUCGGGUCACGACUUCGAAGUUGUCAACAUUGCCAAGGUGGAGGUUCUCGUCGGGGGCCUGCUGGGCAUCGCCAUGAUCUUCCUGUUUGUUGGCUGGGCCAUCGACGCCGUCGGCAAGACUGCGCAGGAAGUUGUGAGGGAGGUCAGGAGGCAGUUCGAGAUCUACCCAGGCAUCCUCGAGGGUUCGCAGAAACCCGAGUACAACACCUGCGUCGCCAUUGUCACCCGGGCAGCGCUCAAGGAGAUGACGAGACCAGCCCUGCUUGCGCUGGGAACUCCCGUGUUCAUCGGCUUCCUGUUCAAGUUCAUCGGCUCCUACCGAGGAGAGCCCAAUCUCGCGCCUGAAGUUCUCGCCUGCUUCAUGAUGUUCGGGUCUCUUACUGGCCUCCUCGUCGCCGUCCUCCUCGACAACGCGGGAGGAGCAUGGGACAAUGCUAAGAAGUACAUCGAGACUGGCAUGCACGGAGGAAAGGGAAGCGACGCACACAAGGCGGCUGUCACGGGAGACACUGUUGGUGAUCCAUGUAAGGACACAGCUGGGCCAGCCUUGCACGUAAUCAUCACCACCAUGUCCACCACCAUCAUCGUCUUGGGUCCUCUCUUCCUGGAUCGUGCUUCUGCCUUGCGCCAUUAA